UGAAAGUUGAAACAUUAGAAGGGAGGGGUCCUGAGUUUCCCAUUUGACAGGCACCAUCAAACGUCUGAGCACUUUUUAUUUGCAUAUCAGUGGACGCUGCCUCACCAUCAAGAUGGAAUUGCGCAUCAUUUUGUCACAGAUCGAGAAUGAGAAUGAAGAAGAAAUAGAAAGACUAUUGCACGAAUAUAACAUUGAGAACGGUCGCACUUUCAGUUUUGAGCAGAAGGAGGAGGAUUCACGCAUACGUCUGUGCCGGGCCCUGUUGGAGGUCCUGGUUCGGGCGGCACAGCCGCGCUGCCAAAGCACGUGCCUGGAGACGCUGCGGAUCCUGUCGCGCGACAAGCGAGUGCUGGGUCCUGUCAGCACCCGCGAUGGCAUCCUCACCUUGGCGCGGCUGGCACGCAUCGGGCCCGACGACCCGCACGCUGGCACCAACACCAACAAGGACGCUAAGAAGAUGGAGGAGGAACAGCAGCAGGAUGUGGUAGCCGUAGAGGCCCUCAAGUGCCUGUGCAACGUGGUGUUCAACAGCACCCAGGCACAGCAGGUGGGUGCGGACGUGCAGCUGGCCCAGGGCCUGUGUACGCAGCUGCAGGCAGCCGGCGGUGGCUCGGCGCCCCACGAGGUCUCCCUCUUUUCCCUGCGCCUGCUCUUCCUCCUCUCGGCCCUGCGCACGGACGUCCGGGGCCUGCUCCGCAAGGACCCCAGCGCCAUGGCUCUGCUGACUGAUGUUCUGGUCCAGGCUCUGGGCGUGCGCUGGGCCGGGCGGUACGAGGCAGUCCCAGCCCCGUUGGAGGAGCCUAGUGACCCCCAGGAGGAGGGAGGAGGAGGAGGAGGGCCGCCACCGCCCAUACCUGCUCAGGAGAACGAGAGAACCAUGGAGGCGCUCAAGGUGCUCUUCAACAUCACGCUGUCGGACUCCAAUGACCAGUCUCUGACUGGCCAGGACGCGGAGCACCAGCUGAGGCUGCUGGUGGCCCUCAUGAGACACCUGCUGCUGCUCAGGACACACACGGAGGACAAGACCGAGGAGAUGCACAGCCAUGCUGUUAAUCUGCUGAGUAACAUCCCUAUGGCGUGCCUGGACGUCCUGAUCGACGUGCCCAUACAGCCGAGGCAGGAAGAGUUGGGCGGAAAAAACAUGGCCGCCAUCCAGGUUCUGUUGGACUUCAUGGAGAAACGCGUUGACCGGGGCUCUAACUACAAGGAGGGCCUGACACCCGUACUCAGCCUGCUGGCAGAAAGUUCCAGAUAUCACAGAGAGAUCCGCAAGUACAUCAAGGCCAAGGUGCUGCCUCCACUGAAGGAUGUUUCCAAUCGUCCGGAGGUGGGCUCCACUAUCCGCAACAAGCUGGUGCGACUCAUGACCCACGUGGACAUGGGGGUCAAGCAGAGCGCUGCAGAGUUCCUCUUCGUACUCUGCAAGGAGAGCGUGGAUAACCUGGUGAAGUAUACAGGCUAUGGCAGUGCUGCGGGCCUGCUGCUGUCUCGCGGCCUGCUGGGAGGAGGACGAGGAGAGACGCAGUACUCUGAAGAUGAAGACUCAGACACGGACGAAUACAAGGAGGCCAAGCCAUAUAUCAACCCUAUCACGGGUUAUGUGGAGGAGCCAAGUGCCAACCCGCUGGAGGAGAUGACGGAGGAGCAGAAAGAGUGCGAGGCCCAGAAGCUCGUCAAGAUGAUCGACCAGCUCUCCAGGCUUAGCAUGGAGGCUGGGACAGAUACAAGGCUGGAGGAUCAGAUCUCGUUUUGUUGCGCGGUCAUACAGAAAAAAAACCAAGUCGGUACAACAACAGUACCUGGUCGCAGGAGUUUACCCGCGUUACAGUGGCACGGUAACCAAAGUCGACCAGCGCAGUCCAGCCAGGGACUGGAACAAAACGACAACAGCCUGCUACCUCACGGCAGCGACUCUGGAUUGGGAGGACACGCAACCAUGCAACAGCUGAUUAAGCCCAUGGGUGUGAGGAAGGAUGGCACUCUGGCGCCCCUAGAGGAGACCAUAGCAGCCUGCCGGCCUGACCACAACAGUGACGACUCUGACUCGGACUAGCUACCACCACUCCAGCUGCUGAAGCUGAUGAGCAUCACUGAUGAUGAUGAUGAUGAUGAUGAUCUCACCCCUCUGUGUCUUCCCGUCUCACUUCUAUCCAGUACCACUGGCCUGUACAGUACACACAGGACCCGUCCGUCUGCAACACACGCACACACACAAACACACACAAAACCCCCUCUCAGGCAGGCUCACACUCCCAUCUAGGCUUGUCCUUGAACCCAAGGUGACUCUAUCAUGCAGGUCCAUAUUUGUCAAGUUAGUGCAGAGUUGGCUGGACUGAGGAGGGGAAAACCCCUCGCUUAACCAACCCACACACCGCCUACAGCACAACAGAUGACAUGCCAGGAUUCGACCAAAGAUUCAAAGUGCUAAGCUUGGAGAGAAACUCCUCUUAGGCCCUGGUCACAGAUUUUGGACAUUUUCCCCUACCGUUUGUGAACCCCAUGGUGUGUGUGCACCUGCACCUGAGCGCACGUGUGAGGCCAAGCUGUGUCUCUGGCACCAGUGUUGUGUUCUCACGGCUGCACUCUACACUCCACUCAGCAAAAACAGUGUUGGGAGUUUUUUCUUUCUCCUUUUAUGGCUUAUUUUCAGGAUUUGCAUAUUAAAGACUUAAAUAGGAAUUUCCUGAAAGAUGUAUGGGGCAUUGUGCCUUCUUUUAAGAACACCAGGUGCUUGCAGUGACUGCUACUGUGGUUGCUGGUGCCAUAGAAUAUGAAUUGUUGUUCAAACGAUGUUUUUCUCCCUCUCUCUGUUUCUUCUGUUUUUGUGAAAACGCCACUCGAACUUGGCUAGACAAAAAAUAAGUUCCGAUUAGUGA